AUGCCGGACCUGCAUUCUCUGCCUGCCGGAUCGCGGCCGGACAAGGCUGUGCGCAACAAUGGGCCAGACAACUUGGCCAUAGAGCGUUACAAGCUAAGGGAGCUGGCCGAAGGCUGGCCCUCCUAUCGGGACGCAUGUGAAUGGGAGAAUCUCAAGUCCAUCUUCCACCCAGAUGCCUACAUCUACACCACGUGGACGGGCAGAACGCACCACCUCGAUUUCAUCCAAGCCUCACAGAAUGGCAUGGAUCGUGGGGCCUUUAUCAUGCACCGGUGCCAUGGGGUCAGUACCGAUAUCAAUCUAGAAGCCACCCGGGCGGUCACCAAAAUGAAGGCCACCAUUACUCAACGCUUCAACAUCGACGGCGCCGAAGUCGACGCCGAGAGUGAUUGUCGGUUCUGCUUCUUUUGGGUCAAGACCCCGGAGGGCGAGUGGCGUGCGAGAUACGUGAGACACUGGUAUGAAAAGGACAAACUCAUUCCCGUCAACCCCAACAAGGUGCCCCAGCUGGAUGAAGCAGAGCUGGAGAAGUUCCCUAGCGGCUAUAGGUACUUGGCGUAUCUCCAGGAAAAGACCAUGGGAGUCAAGGUGCUGUUGGAUAUGCCCGGUCACCGGCGGGAGAAUGGCGCGCCCGGGGGGAGCAGGAAAUGUGGCGAGAAGCACGACCUUUUGUACUGGCAAUGCAAACGGUGGGUAGAAGGCGAAGAGGUCGAGAUUUGA